AUAAGCUAAGCACGUGAUGCAAGUAACACAAAGGGUACGCACACAAUGACCGGAAGUUCGACAGUCGAGUCCAACGAGCCCUCAUCACCUUCCCCCAUUUUGCCCAUUUUUAAAUUCUUUGCAACGGACCGGCUGCCCUUGUACGGUGCUCGCUAGCACUCUCAGUUUCGGUUUCGUUGGAGUUCAGUUGUGACGCCUAUAUAGUCACUAUUUUCUCGAUUGUGUGUGAGCGUUGAAUAUUUGAGGGGACGAAAGCGGCGAUUCCUCUGCAAACAACCACAAAACAUUCCUAUAUUUUUAAUCGUAUCGGUAGUAACUACCAGGUUCCAUUGCUGGGCCUAUCAGAACACCGGGACCUUCAACUUUGCGACAAAAGGUUAUGAAAAACUUUGCGGCACGCCGCCAUGAGCAAUCCUGCAUCUCGUUCCAACUCGAUACUGCCGCCUCGUCCUAAAGAACAGCAGUCAGGCACAUCUUCGAACCUGGGGAGUAUAUCCGGAGGCAGUGGGAAUACCGCUGUACAGCGUUCUGCAACUGUUCCGAAGUCUAGUACCCCGGGUUCGUUGGCAUCCGCUAACGCGCCAAACUACCGUCCUGUAGUACCGCCGCGACCUUCCAUUGCCAAAAGCGAAAUUGCCAAGAGCCAAUCUAUGACGAGCAUCUCGUCUCACCGGUCCGCUAACGACACUCACUCACCUCCCCAGUCCUCUUCACCCAGUGCUCCUUCCUCGCCUCAACAGCAACGAAUCCGCAAAGCACCUGCCCGCCCAUCACCUCCUCAUUCUGCCGGAGCGACUUCAACACAUUUACGUGGCCCAAAGUUCCCCACGCCAAUGAAUCGAAGUGGCUCAACAGAAGGAAUCGGUACAGGAAUGUCCGGAACGCCGCUUUCGGGUAACUCGUUAGAGUACACAUUAAUUCCAACAGCAACUGCACAAUCUCUGGCUACUACAUCCCCUUCGGUGGGGACGUCUGCGGAGAAGGAUGCGAUCAAAGGCAGUGGAAUGAAAGGUCUUUUGAAUAACUUUGUGAGCUCUGUACAAGGAAUGUUUUCCAACGAUACCAGAAUGGAAAUCUCUUCGCCGUACAACCCAGUACACCUCACCCAUGUGGGAUAUAACCAGGAAACUGGGGAAUUUACAGGCUUGCCAAAAGAAUGGCAAAUUCUUCUGCAGGAAGCAGGCAUCUCCAAGUCAGAGCAGCAAGCAAACCCACAGGCCGUGAUUGAUAUCAUUGGAUUCUACUCUGAAACGUCAGGGGGGACGAAGAUGAGCGACCAAUACGUGUGGUCGAAGUUCAACAAUCCUUACGCACAACAAGCAAAUCCUCAACUUCGAAAGGGUGGAAUGGCUGGCGCCAAGAGCCCAGGCACGUCCCCGAAGUCGAGUCCGGAAGGCAGUCCCAAACUUAAUACUCGCCAAAAGUUACCGGCCAAGGACACCGCUGAACCCAAGCGAAGACCUCCUGUCCCUGCCAGACCCGCUCAUACACUUAGUAUAUAUUCCACGGACAUCAGACCAAUUGCACCUGAGAGGCCCCCUUCGGUAUCAGGCAUUCCUCCCCCUAAACCCACCCGCAAUACAGACUCUGUGAUUGAGCCUCCUCUUGACGUUAAACCUGAGCGAGGUACCGUAGCACAACGAAUGCAGCAGUUCGAGCAAGUUGCCCAAACCUCGUCAGCGCGCACCUCACCCAAACCUGUCAAGAAAGCCCCACCAAAGCCAGCACUAGACACUAUACCAGUCGUACCUGCUGGCGCCAAAAUCAGUGCUGGUAGUGUUGGAAAUGGUAAGGUGCAUUCACCUCCCCUACCCCGGAGGAAAGAUGAGGCGGAAGCCGAGGAGGAAGCACUACCAAAGCCGGUUGGACGACCACCGCGACAAAGAGCGACAACUACAACCGACGACGUGAUCGAUCGCUUGACGGCAAUAUGUAACCAGGCCGAUCCGACGAAGCUAUACCGAAACUUGGUGAAGAUCGGACAAGGAGCGUCCGGAGGAGUCUUUACGGCAUAUCAAGUGGGCUCGAAUAGUGCUGUGGCAAUUAAACAAAUGAAUCUGGAGCAGCAACCCAAAAAGGACCUCAUUAUCAAUGAGAUCCUUGUAAUGAAGGAUUCGCGACACAAAAACAUUGUCAAUUACAUUGACAGCUUUUUGUGGAAAGGCGAUUUAUGGGUUGUCAUGGAGUACAUGGAAGGAGGAUCUCUGACCGACUGCGUGACUAGUAACUUCAUGACUGAAGGCCAAAUUGCUGCCGUUUGCAAAGAGACUCUUGAAGGCCUUGCACACCUACACUCUAAAGGUGUUAUCCACAGAGAUAUCAAGAGCGACAACGUGCUACUCGGCUUGGAUGGGCAAAUUAAACUGACCGAUUUCGGGUUCUGCGCGCAACUCAACGAAGAUCAAGCAAAGCGAACCACCAUGGUUGGGACGCCUUAUUGGAUGGCACCAGAGGUCGUAACGCGUAAGGAAUAUGGACCCAAAGUCGAUAUAUGGUCUUUGGGGAUUAUGGCCAUCGAAAUGGUAGAAGGGGAACCACCAUAUCUGAACGAGAAUCCUUUGCGAGCCUUGUAUUUGAUUGCAACAAAUGGAACGCCCGCUUUGCAAAACCCGGAAAAUUUGAGUCCGGUUUUCAGAGAUUUCUUGAGAGUUUCCUUAGAGGUCGAUGCCGAAAAGCGGCCGAAUAGCGUCGAGCUUCUUAAGCACCCUUUUUUGCAGAGUGCCGAUCCAUUACGAAAUUUGGUGCCAUUAAUCAAAGCGGCCCGAGAUCAAGCAAAAAAACAAAAGUCAUAGAGACGUGGAGUCCAAUAUGUAUAAGUAGCAGCUGUGGCCCUCUUCCUUUGUGCAUAUAUCAUACAAUUAUUACAGACUUUCGAAUCAUUCAAUGAUAUCCUGCCCCGGAUCUCCACGAUCUGUUCCUGA